GGGCGGGGGCGGCCAUGGCGGCAGCGCUGCGGCGGGUGGCGGGCGGCGCGGGGCUGCGGGCGGCGCUGGGGCGGCUGCUGCCGCGGCGGGGCUGCGCGGCCCUGCCGGUAGACGACACGGUGAACGGGCUGAGUGACGAGCAGCAUCAGCUUAGGCAGACCAUGACAAAGUUCUGUCAGGAGCACUUGGCUCCGAAGGCCCAACAGAUUGACCAGGAAAACGAGUUCAAAGGCAUGCGGGAGUUCUGGAAGAAACUCGGGGAACUGGGAGUUCUGGGGAUCACAGCUCCUGCGGAGUAUGGUGGAUCUGCUCUGGGGUAUCUGGACCAUGUGCUGGUGAUGGAGGAAAUCUCCCGUGCAUCGGCAGCCGUUGGGCUCAGCUACGGUGCCCACUCCAACCUUUGCAUCAACCAGCUGGUGCGGAACGGCAAUAAGGCCCAGAAAGCAAAGUACUUGCCCAAGCUAAUCAGCGGGGAGCACAUCGGAGCCUUGGCAAUGAGUGAACCCAAUUCUGGAUCUGAUGUUGUGUCCAUGAAGCUGAAAGCGGAUAAGAAAGGAGACUACUUUGUUCUGAAUGGGAACAAAUUCUGGAUCACCAAUGGGCCGGAUGCAGAUGUCCUCAUCGUUUAUGCCAAAACUGACAUUAAUGCUGUUCCAGCCUCCCGAGGUAUCACCGCAUUCAUCGUGGAGAGGGGAAUGCCGGGUUUCAGCACGGCCCAGAAGCUCGAUAAGCUGGGGAUGAGAGGAUCCAAUACCUGUGAACUGAUCUUUGAAGACUGCAAGGUUCCCGCUGAAAAUGUCUUGGGAACGCUGAGCAAAGGAGUCUAUGUCCUGAUGAGUGGAUUGGACCUGGAGAGACUUGUGCUGUCUGGUGGGCCACUGGGGCUCAUGCAAGCUGUUCUUGACCACGCAAUUCCAUAUCUACACGUCAGAGAAGCAUUUGGACAGAAAAUUGGCCACUUCCAGCUCAUGCAGGGCAAGAUGGCCGAUAUGUACACACGGCUGAUGGCGUGCCGGCAGUACGUCUACAACGUGGCAAAGGCCUGCGACAGGGGCCACUUCAACGCAAAGGACUGCGCUGGAGUCAUCCUCUACUCAGCCGAGUGCGCGACUCAGGUGGCUCUGGAUGGGAUUCAGUGUCUGGGUGGGAACGGUUACAUCAAUGACUAUCCGAUGGGGCGCUUCCUGCGCGACGCCAAGCUCUACGAGAUCGGGGCAGGCACCAGUGAAGUGCGCAGGCUUGUCAUUGGCCGGGCCUUUAAUGCCACUUAUAAGUAACAUCCACCAGUGGAGAGGCACCACCCUGACCACCACGAGGCCUUUCACCACAGAGACUGAAGCGCACAAUUCUCUUCUUCCUGCUUGGGAUUCUGGGAUCAUCACUUGUGGGCUUUCUUCUGCCUGACAGACAGUGCUGGGCUGGGCUUUGACAAGAUGAAUCAGGCAGUAGCGUGGAAGAAAAGUGGUUUUCCUCUUCUUAUGAUCAUCCUGAUUCAUAAGCUGUCCCAAUUCUCAGCGUUCCAGGGUUGAGGUUCCUCUGGGGGAUGCACAGCCGUCAAAGCUGGUGAGCAGGGUGCCUGAAACCAGAGGCAGCCACUGCUGAGCACAGUCUCGCCCCCCAAAAAUGGACAGUGAAGGAAUUAUUUUGUUCUUUUAACCCCCCCUGAGUGCCAUUAAAUCUCUAGCAUUUAGCAAUUACCACUGGAAGGUGGGAUUUCCCAUCGUGACCUUCCGAUGGGAUCAAUAACUUUGGGAACUUGAUGCCAACCACAUGGGAGUGGCUGUCAUGAACACUCGAGCAUCAUCGACGCACAAGCAGUGUUUUAGGUGAUGAUUCCUAAAACCUCCUUAAAAUACCACGCCUAUUUCUUUCCGUAUUAUGGAAAAUAUUCUUUCUUUCCUCUUCCUGCUGCUUCUCAAGUUCUUUUGGUGCCGCCCCAAGCCAUCGCUGCCCUGAUUGACUGCCUCCUGCGGUGUUAUUCACUCAGAGAUGUCCCCAUCCAUCAUUCCAGGAACACUUGGAAUGUCAGACCUGCAUUGUGACACCCGUGAAUGAGGAGGGCGGGAGGAGGCUGACUGUUUGGGGUUAUUUGGGUUUAUUCUGAAGGUUGUUCUGGAGCCUGUACUCACACUCCACCUUCGGUCGGCAGAGAAGUCGGAGCACAGCAGUGUUUGUGGAUGUUUUCAGUGCUUAUUAUACACAAAUUGAAGUUUGCCUGGCUUUCUUACAGCAUAUUCCCAGCCUUAAAGAGCGAAUCACACAAAAAAAUCAAAUGCUGCAAAUAUGACAGAACAAUUAAUUAAAGUGUUGCCACGUAGGCAGCCUCCCAGCAGUUUUAGCAAA